CCAUAUAUUCGUUCGCUUUUUGUUAGUAGUGCAAAUUUUUUCCGAAUAUCUCCGGUUCUGGUUGCCUAAUCGGGCAAUCCAAAUAUGUUUUGGAAAGGUGACAGUCCGCUCUUUUCAUCUGUCAAAUUUGGUUUCAUUGGCAUUAGUUUUGUUUGUGCUAUAGACCUGUGAACAUGUCGGAGAAUAAGGUGCAUUUUCGGCACAUUUUGCUUUAUUACUUCAAGAAAGGCAAGCGAGCUGCGGAGGCCCACCGAAAGAUAUGCAGCGUAUACGGGGACGAUGCCUUAACAAAACGUGCCGCUCAGAAAUGGUUUGCCAAAUUUCGUUCCGGAGAUACGAGUCUUGAAGAUGGACCCCGCAGCGGUCGGCCCACCGAGGUUGAUUCGAAUGAUAUCAAGGCACUGGUUGAGCAAGAGACGAAGGACUUAACCUUCGAGAAAGCCAUACAAGUGGCUACAGUGAUGGAGUUGUCUGAGAAAGAUGUACAGCAACUAUAG